AUGAGGAAGAGCUCCUCCCCUUCCUUGAGUAACUGCAACUCCGUUCUUGCUAACAAAAUAUUUGGAAUUCCACUUGAUGAGCUGCAGCAGGGAGGACAUCCAGACAAUGAGGUUCCAUUCAUAGUCCGCCACGUUGUGGACUAUAUUGAGGAACAUGGAGGUCUGGAGCAACGAGGACUUUUUCAAGUCAAUGGAAAUGCUGAGACAGUGGAGUGGCUUCGGCAGAGAUACGACAGUGGAGAAGAAGUGGAUUUGGUUAAGGAAGCAGAUGUUCCCUCAGCUAUUAGUCUUCUUAGGUUUUUCCUUCAAGAACUUCCUGAACCUGUUAUCCCUGGCAGUUUGCAUAUUCACUUGAUGCAGCUUUCUCAAGAUUAUAAUAACGAAGAUGAAUUUGGAAGAAAGUUGAGGUUCCUCUUGCAACAGCUUCCAUCUGUUAAUUACAGUUUGUUAAAGUUUCUGUGUAGAUUUUUAGCCAAUGUAGCAUCACAUCAUGAAGAAAUUUGGUCUGCAAACUCUUUGGCUGCUGUCUUUGGUCCAGAUGUCUUCCAUAUUUACACAGAUGUGGAAGAUCUGAAAGAACAAGAAAUAAUGAGCAGGAUAAUGGCUGGACUUCUGGAAAAUUACUAUGAGUUUUUUGAAAAUGAAGAGGAAGACUUUUCAUCUAAUGAUUUGAGUUCAAUUACUGAACAGGUUAAUGAACUUUCUGAGGAAGAAGAGGAAGAUGAAAAGCUGGAACAUAUAGAAGAACUUCCAGAAGAGGGAGCAGAAAAAUCAAAUGACAUGCCAGAGGUGGUACAAUUAAGGAUGACUGAAAACAUCCUGGAAACAAAUAGUGUUACAGCAUCAACAAGUGCCCAUAUUUCUCCCACCAGCGUCUUACCAGCCUCUGCAGAGGUUAAUAUUGCUGAUGAUGUUAUUAAUGCCAGUGAAAGAAGCAGAGACUGCUCAGAACCUGUGGCCAGCACUAAUUUAGACAAUGAAGUUAUGCAGCAAGAUUUUGUAUUUGAUGAUGAAGAAAAUAACCAGUCUGUAGGUAUACUGUUAGAACCAUGUGGUGACCAUGGUGAUAGUGAAGAUGGCUGUCUUGAGAGGAAAGAACAUUUGUCAUUUGACAGUGAUAAAUUGUCGCACUUAAUUCUGGACUCUUGUAGCAAGAUAUGUGAUUUGAAUGCCAAUACUGAAUCAGAAGUGCCAGGAGAUCAAAGUGGUGUUCAAGGAGAAGCAGCAUGUGUCCAAAUUCCACAUUUAGAUCUGAAGAAUAUUUCUGAUGGUGAUAAAUGGGAAGCGUCAUGCCCUAUCACUUUCCCCCUCAUUGAUUUCAAAACAAUGCAUCUGCAGAGAGAUGGGGAGGAGCCAUUUCCUGCCUUUAAGUCUUGGCAGGAAGACUCUGAGUCUGGGGAAGCUCAACUUUCUCCACAAGCUGGAAGAAUGAAUCAUCACCCCCUGGAAGAGGACUGUCCUCCAGUAUUAUCACACCGUAGUUUAGAUUUUGGGCAAAGCCAGCGUUUCUUACAUGAUCCAGAAACAUUGACUUCCUCAUCUAAAGCAAUGUCUUUUGCUAGGAUUCGAAGAUCAUCCUUUAGUUCAAAAGAUGAAAAAAGAGAAGACAGAACACCAUAUCAGUUAGUCAGGAAACUUCAGAAAAAAAUCAGACAAUUUGAAGAACAGUUUGAAAGGGAAAGAAAUAGCAAGCCUUCUUACAGUGAUAUUGCAGCUAACCCGAAGGUAUUAAAGUGGAUGACAGAGCUCACCAAACUGCGGAAGCAGAUUAAAGAUGCAAAACACAGAAGCUCUGAUGGAGAAUUGGUACCUCAGACACGUCCACGUAGUAAUACUCUUCCAAAAAGCUUUGGCUCUUCUCUAGACCAUGAGGAUGAAGAGAAUGAAGAUGAAUCCAGGGUCAUUCAUAAGGAGAAGAAGCCAUCUAAGGAAGCAACACUGGAACUUAUUAUGAAAAGACUGAAGGAAAAACGUGUUGAGAGGUGUCUUCCAGAAGAUAUCAAAAAAAUGACAAAAGAUCAUUUGGCAGAAGAGAAAACUUCUCUCCAGAAAAGUCUUCUUUACUAUGAAAGUCAACAUGGAAGGCCGGUGACCAGGGAAGAAAGGCACAUUGUUAAACCUCUCUAUGAUAGAUACAGACUUGUAAAACAGAUGUUGACAAGAGCUAGCAUCACUCCUAUCCUUGGAUCUCCAUCCACCAAGCGAAGGGGUCAGAUGUUACAGCCAAUCAUAGAAGGCGAAACUGCACAUUUUUUUGAAGAAAUCAAGGAAGAAGAAGAAGAUGGUGUUAGUCUGUCCUCUGAGUUAACUGAUAUAUUGCAAACUGCUGUACAGGCACAGUCUUCAUUAGAAAACUCAGAAUCUGAUGUGGAGGAAAAUCAAGAAAAACUGGCUCUGGAUCUCCGAUUGUCAAGUACUCGAGCAGCAUCUAUGCCUGAAUUACUGGAACAACUUUGGAAAGCCAGAGCUGAAAAAAAGAAACUACGUAAAACAUUACGGGAAUUUGAAGAAGCAUUUUAUCAACAAAACGGAAGGAAUGCCCAGAAAGAGGAUCGUGUUCCAGUACUUGAGGAGUACAGGGAGUACAAGAAAAUUAAAGCCAAGCUUAGGCUUCUUGAAGUUCUUAUCAGCAAGCAAGAUUCUUCAAAAUCCAUAUAA